CCAGUCAAGUUGCGCUCUGCGGGUCUGUGGCAACAGGAAACAUCGAGGCUGUCGCGAAGGGGCGAACGAACGAAAAGUGUGCUAGCCAGAUAGCUACCAAACAAUCAACACAGGGUCUUAAUUUACAUGUGCACUUAAAGAGGACGUUCUUUGGAUUCUGGUUCAAUUUUAUAUUUGGUUGCUAGUUGAGACGUGGCAAAACUGGACGGCAACCAAGCUUUGUGUAUAAGCUAGCUAUUGAAAGCCUUCGGUGACGUUAGUGGACUGGAGGCAACGGCCGUUUGGAGUCAGUCACCUUGAGAAAUUAGGCCUGGAGGAUUAAAGCACUGGCCAGAGGAGAGAGUUGUGUAUUAAGAAGAAUGUUAUUAGAGGCGUAGCGGUUGGGCCUGUGCGCUGCUCAGGCUCCUGAGAGGAUGAAGAGAUUUAGGAGGCACGGCCAGGAGUCCCACAGAGACCGGAUCAAACAGGAGCUCUACCAGUUCAACAAGACAGUGGAACAUGGCUUCCCUCACCAGCCCAGUGCCCUCGGCUUCAGCCCCAGUCUGCAGCUCCUGGCCAUCGGCACACGCUCUGGGGCCAUCAAACUUUACGGGGCCCCGGGUGUGGAGUUCAUGGGUCUACAUGAUGAGAACGCUGCCGUCACACAGAUCCACUUCCUACCGCACCUGGUGGAGCUGGUUACUCUGCUGGAUGACAAUAGUCUCCACAUGUGGACCCUCAAAGCUCACAAAGGAGUCUCUGAGCUGCUGGAAAUCGGACGCUUCACACUCACCGGACCCCCGGGCGCCCCGCCCAGUGUGACGCGGGUGACUGCUGUGCUGGCCCACUCCUCUGGGGAACUGCUGCUGCUGGGAACAGAGGGAGGGCAUGUGUUUGUUGUGGAGGUGCCAGGUUUCAGAGAACUAGAGGAGCGGAACAUCAGCCUGGAGAUUGUCACCCACAGCAUUCCAGAGGAGUAUGGUGGACGUAGGAGUCUUGAGCAUGUUGAGUCCUUACAGGAGAAUCCUGCCAACCCACAGCAGGUUCUGAUAGGCUAUGGAAGAGGCCUUAUGGUUAUCUGGGACCUGGACUGCCAAUCAGCUGUCAAACACAUCCUUGCUACACAGCCACUAGAAAGUGUGUGGUGGACAGAAGACGGCCUCCGUGUUCUCAGUUCCCAUAGUGAUGGCAGCUACUGCCGUUGGUCGGUGGCUGGGUUGGACACACAAAGUGAGCAGGAGAAGUCUGAAGUACCAUAUGGCCACUUCCCGUGUAAAGCCAUCUCUAAAGUCAUCCAGCUGCCGACAAAACAGGGUCCUCCCUUCCUGUUGUUCAGCGGGGGCAUGCCCCGGGCCAGCUACGGGGACCGUCACUGUAUCACCGUCAUCCACAGCAAGACCCACGUGGCUCUGGACUUCACGUCCCGCAUCAUCGACUUCUUCGUCAUCCGAGACGGGCCGGAUCAGGCAGGUGAGCCCAGCGCCCUGGUGGUCCUGGUGGAGGAGGAGCUGGUCGUCAUCGACCUCCAGACUGAAGGCUGGCCCGUCAUCCAGACCCCCUACCUGGUCCCUCUGCACUGCUCGGCCAUCACCUGUUCCCACCACGUCUCUGCCAUCCCCCUGAAGCUGUGGGAGAGGGUCCUGUCGGCCGGGGCUCUGCAGAACACACACUACUCUAAGAAGCCAUGGCCUAUAACGGGAGGACUGAACCUUUCCCCGGAUCCUCCUCAGAGAGAUCUACUGCUGACAGGACACGAGGACGGUACGGUGCGUUUCUGGGACGCCUCUGGGGUGUGUCUCUACCCCAUGUACAAGCUGAGCACGGCAGGAGUGUUCCACACGGACGCCGACCCCAACGACAACAUGAACCAGUGCACAGAGGGGGAGUGGCCACCUUUCAGAAAGGUGGGCUGUUUUGACCCGUAUAGUGACGACCCUCGUCUGGGCAUUCAGAAGAUCCACCUGUGUAAAUAUAGUGGUUACCUGACUGUGGCCGGCACUGCUGGACAGAUCCUGGUGUUGGAGCUGAAUGACGAGUCGGCGGAACAGGCCGUGGAGGCCACGGUAGCUGACCUGCUACAAGGACAGGAGGGCUUCCGUUGGAAGGGCCACACGCGUCUGGAGGUCAGGGAGGAGCCGGUGCUGUUCCCUCCAGGCUUCCAGCCCUUUGCCUUGGUCCAGUGCCAGCCCCCUGCUGUUGUCACCGCCCUCACCCUGCACUCGGAGUGGAAACUAGUGGCCUUUGGGACAAGCCAUGGCUUCGGACUCUACGACUACCAGCAGAAGAACAACGUCCUUGUCAGGUGUACGCUGAACCCCAGUGACCAGCUGGCAAUGGAAGGUCCCCUGUCCAGAGUGAAGAGCAUUAAGAAGUCCCUCCGCCAGUCUUUCAGAAGGAUCAGACGCAGUAGAGUGUCUCUGCGCAAACACCAUGUCAACAAUGCCGCUAAGCUUCAGGAUGCCAAUGCUCGUCUAGAGGCUGAGCUAGCCGAGAUGGAAUUGGCUCCCGUUCAGAGAAAGAUCGAAGCUCGCUCCUCGGACGAUUCCUUCACCGGCCUCGUACGGACACUGUACUUCGCUGACACCUUCCUCUCAGACAGUUCCCACAACACGCCCUCUCUUUGGGCCGGGACAAACGGGGGCUCAGUGUUUGCCUACCAGCUCCGCCUCCCGUCUGUGGAACGCAGAGCAGAGGACCUUGUCACAGCCCAUCCUGCUAAGGAGAUCCAGCUGAUGCACCGUGCUCCAGUAGUGGCCAUCUUGGUGAUGGACGGCCACGGUUCCCCUCUGCCAGAGCCCCUGGAGGUGGCCCACGACCUGGCCCGCUCCCCUGACAUGCAGGGCUCCCACCACCUCCUGGUCAUAUCUGAGGAGCAGUUCAAGGUGUUCACCCUGCCUAAGGUCAGCGCCAAGAUGAAGCUGAAGCUGACUGCCAUCGACGGCUCGCGUGUGCGCCGGGUGGGUGUGGCCUGGUUCGGCAGCAGCUGUUCGGAGGACUACGGCGAGAGCGGCCUCACCGUCCUGACCAAUCAGGGCGACCUCCACGUGGUGUCGUUGCCGGGGGUGAAGAUGCAGGUGCAUCAUCCGUGCAUCCGCCGGGAGGACGUCAGCGGCAUCGCGUCCUGUGUCUUCACCAAGCACGGGCAGGGGUUCUACCUGAUCUCUCCGUCGGAGUUUGAGCGCUUCUCGCUGUCCGCUCGUUGUGUGGUGGAGCCCCGAUCUCUAGUCGAAGUCCCCCACCAGACGCCCACAUCCCUGUCACGGGCACAGCCUGACGGGGCCUCCGAGUACAGGAACUCGACGAGGGACAGCGACGAAGCGGAGAGCUCUGCUAGACGUGUAAUGGAGCAUGCUUUGCUGAAUGACGAGACUGUGCUUCAGGAGAUCCAGAAAUCUCUAGAAGGAGGUCAGCCGUCAUUCCUGGAGAACAACAUGAAGACUGCUCUCACUGGAGGGAAAGCGCUGAGCAAUGGAGACUGAUCCAGUCACACCAGUGCCUGAGACAUCUUGGAGUCUGCCAAGAGACGCCGGACUCCUGCCUUGCAAACUACGGCCAACACUACUAAUACUACCACUACUGACCCCUAUCACACAGAGACUCGUCCUCGACCUUUAACCCCUGAUCCCUGGCACGUGUCCGUAAAGACUGACCAACUGGCUGUCCCCCAUGGCCCUCUAUUCCCCACGCCGUGCACUGUGCUUGACCACAGCCCAUAUGCUGAUAGGUGUAGGGUAGGAGGAAUGUUGUGGUUUAAGUGUCCCAGUGCUAUAUUGAGGAGGGAGGGACCACCGCCUGUGCCUAGAGACCAACCACUGAACUGUACUUAUCAGUACGUUUACACCUGCCACCGUUCCACAACACACAUUCACACACAACACAAACCCAUUUACUGUCCCUCCUCCCCUUCAGUCUAAUCAUGUCCUUCCAACAUUCAGCCUUGAAUCCAAGUUAGCCUGUGGAACUCUGGUUUGUCCAAUCACAGUCCUGCCUCUGCACAUUGUCCCUGGCCUUCAUGUUCUAGUGAGAGACGGAAGGGGUGAGUUUUAGGGAAGGAUGGACAUUUCAUUCUUUCAUUUGUAAUUUAAUUGUGCCUGUUUUAUUUUUAUUUUGUGUAAUUAUUGGAGACUUCAAAACUAGACGGAUGGAAAAAAUUUAGGGAAAUAAGAAUGUUUAAAACCGUACCAGUUUGAAGUAGUAUUUGGUUGAUAAUGCUGACAAAACAUUGUUUGUGAGAGUGAGCCAGCACAGCUUGUGUGGAAGCAGAACAGUUUUUUUUUUUUUUUUUUACCCCACGUUGUCAAACACGAGCCUGGUAACCAGACAUGAUUUUGCUUGAAACAUAGUUAUUUUUUUGGCUAUACCCAGCUUCCAGCCAAAUUUUACAUUUUAGCAAACCUUUUUACCUUUGUAACAUUUAAUAAGCCAAUUCUACUUUGUACAACUCAGUUGAAAGUUGACAAGCAAAACAGGUCUGAUUUCCUAGUUAAAGGCCACUGUGAUGUGAAAUGUCUCCACAUGCAGUUGCUGUGUUCGCUCAUUGCCUCCCCUAUCGUCCACUCCUUAAUGUGUUCUAACAGUUGUAACCUGUCACUGGUACUUGUCCACUACUGUGUAUCACACCAUGCUGUACUUUCUAGGGGAACAACUUUCUACGGGGCUUGGUUUUACAGUUUUAUAACGUCAACAUACUUUUGUUUUUACACAGCAAUGAAUAAUGUAAUUUAGGAAUGUAAUUUUAAAAUAUUGUAGUCAAAUGUUUAAUAUAUAUGUCCUAUAUGGUGAUUAUCUCUGCCUGUGUUAACAGUUGGGUCUAUUUUAAUGGGGAUUGGCUGCUAUAGUCAGAUCUUACAAGGAAAUAUUUUGGUACUGUUUCUUGAAAUGCUGGGUAUUUUAGCAUUUUUGUGGUCGACUCUAGAAUAUAUUUUUGUAGUGAAUGAUUGAGAACCCUAAUUUUUUUUAAUGAUACAUUUCACACUACAUAAUGUUCUGCUGAAAAAUACAUGUUUUUUCACACGA